UACCGCCUGCCUUCAUUUUGAAAAUCAGUUCGCAGAGUUCGAACUUUGCAUACCGGGAUCUGGAAAUCGCACUUCUUCUCCUUCCAACAAUUCCUCAAUCAAACGUUACAUUUUAUGAAUAAUCUCUUAGCAUAUCAGUUUUGCUCCGUCAACGCGCCGCAGGAAAUAGGGGAAACAUGCGCUCGGAUUCCAAAAACCGACUCACCGUCCGCAACGCGCCGCGUGCUCCCUCCGUCGAUGCUUUAGAAAAUGCUCAGGGUUUAGCAAGCCCUUGUUCCAUAUCUAAAGAGAGGAGCUGUUCCAAGGAUAAUAUCAGUGUAAAUAAAUCUGGAACUUCAAGCCUUUGUUUGGAGCCACAGCAGAUGAAAAAGAGGAAAAAGGGAGGGAAAUGUAAUUUGCGGAAAAGUCUAGCAUGGGACAGAGCCUUUUCAACUGAAGAAGGUGUAUUGGAUCCCCUAGAACUGUCUGCCAUAAGUGGUGUAUCUUGUAGAGCUGGAUUAACUUUCAUAAGUGAAGGUACUCCUGUUAGUUCCGGCCAAGAUGAAGAAUUCCAUAAAUAUAAGGAAAAUUAUCAGUCAUCACCAAUGCUUGAUUUCUCUUCCUCCAACCGUACGACAUCAACAUCUCUGGCUUUACAGAAAUUCUCAACUAAUUCAGGCAUCAAACUUCAGUCAAAAUAUAUCGACUGCCCUCGACCUUUACCUUCACCAUCAUUAAAAAGGCCGGCAAAUGCAAGUGUCGGGAAAACUACAAGCAAGGAAUCAAAGCUGCCCAAAGUUCCUGGCUUGAAGCCAAGCCUCAGUCCAGCUUGUGCUACAAUUAGGAGUACUAUACCCAGAGGGAGCCAUGUUAAGCACAACCGGAUAACUCAACCAGAUUUUAGCAUACAGAGAGACGCGGAACCAAAGAGCUCCCUGAAAAUUUGUAAUGACACUCAAAACGCAUCAAGAGCUGAUAUUCCUCAAUCAGCCAACCAUUCAGAUGGAAAUUUGGACUUCUCAUCAUUCAAUAGGAAUUUAUCCAUCAAUACAAGUCUAGUGACAAUUGGAAAAGCCUAUAGUUCCGCUUCAAAGAUGACUCCAAGCAAUUUGACUCAAAUCAGGCUAGAGAACUCAUGUGAGAGCCAACGAUAUGAUUCAGCAACUUUUUCUCAGAAUGCUCAAAAUAAUGCUAAAAUUUUGCAUCCUUCGCAAAAUCAAACGAUGAGGCCAUCAGGUCUGAGAAUGCCAUCACCAUCUUUGUCAUUCUUCAGUCAGCCUAAACCUUCUGUAUUCCGGAAUUUGCCAUCACGAGAUACUGAGUCAUAUUUUAAUUUGUCACGGAAUCCUGGAAGUUUGAGGUUGCAAGGCAACUUGAGCAUAACAACCAAGUCACAUGAUGCGGUUUCAGAUAGCAUAAUCAGCAGAAGUAAGGGAAUAUUCUCCCGAUCAGAGUCUACUACAGCAGUUCAUGUCUGUGAUUCUGAUUUAUUGAAACCAAACGUGGAGGGUCCUUUCAAGAAAACAAUGCCUGUGAAGGAAUCUCAUGGGGACGCUGAAUCGCGGAAGAUCGGCAUUGAAGUUCCUUCACGAAAUGGAAGUUGGGAACAAGCAAUUCUCAAUAAUUCUAUAGAUGAUUGCCCUGUAAAAGAUGAAUCAUGUGGAAUUGAAUGGAGAAAUGCAGAACUAGGAUCAAAACAGAAUUCUGCUAUUUUGGAAUCUCAAACAUCAAGUGCAAUUGAUGAACAAUAUGACAAGAAAAAUAUUCUGGCGAUUCUACAUAAUGCACAGUUGGAUUGUGAUUCCACACAAUACACAGAUACAUUUUAUGACAGAAUGCAAAAUAUUUCGGCAAUGCAAAGUGAUUGCAGAGAAAGCAGCAAACAAGAUUCCCAUGAAGCUCACUUAGAGAAAACUAAUCCAUUAAUUAGUUCUCUUGGAGAGAAUGAAAGAACUGACUCGAACAGUUAUAGUGAAAAGGAAAUAGCAGGUGAGCAAAUGGAUGUAUCCCAGCAAGGAAUUUACUGCAGGGAAAGUGUGAAAGCUUUGGAAAGGGGGGAGACUGUCAAUGGAAGUCCAGCCAACCCCGCAGCAGAGCUCCAUAUGCUAAAUUCUGUACUUGCGUCGACUGUUGAGGACUGCAAAAAUUAUGCAAAAUUCAAGCACGAGAUUGGUAAUGACUCCUGCCAACCCUGUGAAGGUCCAGAGGUUCAACAUUUUCAUCAAACUGAGAUGGAGUCAAAACAAAUUGGGAAAUUGGAUAUAAGAGACAGGUUAUUGGCUGAAAAACAACAGUGUCUUCAGAACUCGAAGCAGGAAGAAAAUGUUGGUGAACUUCUGGAUGUAGUCUCAGACAGAAAAGAUGGAUCGAAAAUGGUUGACACUGAGAUUCCAUUGUCUUUAUCUCUGGAUAAUAGACAAAGAGACGAUCUAGGUAAAGAGAAAGCUAUAGCACAACCUCUCAGAAUGGUGGAGUGUGAAAAUCCGUCACACUGUCUUCAUCAGGACACUCAGAGCAUAGAAAGUAACGACUUCCCACUUCCUCAAAAUACGACACAAUUGUCCCCGGAGGAUACUGGUAUAAAGACAGAGAAGGUCCCGUGUUUACAAGUUAGUUAUGCAAACAAUGAGCUGACCACAACAGUGUCACUAAAGAAUUGUGAAUCUGAAAUUGGUAACCUUAGUGGUACAAAGGAGCCAUGGACUUUGGUGGUGCAGUCAUCAGAAAGCGAAAUGUUGGAUAACUGCUGCUUUCAACCAUCAGAGUGCCUGGCCUUAGCUGGGGAUGAGUUUGUUGCAGAGAAUCUUGUCUGUACUGAUGAUUACAUGAAGGCAGAACAUCUUCCUGAUGUAUGCUCUGCAGUUAAUGCUGUUGAGAGUGUGGAAGAUUCUAUUACAGGUCAAAAUGUAAUAUUGAAAAGCGUUUCAAGAAAUUCCACUCCUGCAAAGGAAUCACCUUUAAAACUUGAAGCUUGUAACGAUGAAGAUGAAACUGGAGGUGGUACUGCAGAUGCAAAGGAAUCACCUUUCUCUCACACCAAUAAGGUUGAAGUUUCUGAAGAUGCUAGUAGUUCUCUCAGUUGUCUUCGUCCUAAGUGGGACCAUGACACGGUUGAAACCACAUUGCUAACAGAAAAUAAGCAUGGGGAUGGUCUUGAAGAAAAGAAAAAUCUCUUGCUUGUUAUUCCUCCAAAUGCUAUACCGUUUUCUGAUGAAUGGUUGUCUGCCAUGGAAGCAGCGGGAGAGGAUAUUCUCACAAGGAAGAGUGGGGCGGUUCAAAAUUCACCUCCUGACAAAUCUCUACCUGAGCCAAGCCCAUGGUCACCGGUCAAAAAGAAAAACAAUCAGAUUGGACCAUAUGACUGCACGAAGAAAAUUACUGCGGCGUCCGAUUCUUAACCACAUGAUAAGGUUAGUCAGAAAUUCAAAUUUCUGAUUGCAAGUGUAGUUACUGAUCUAGAAACUUUGUAGGCUAGUUGAUUACUGAAACUUCUUUCUGCACGAAGAAGUAAAUCACUUAUAUGAGUUUGAUGCUACACGUUAUCUAACAAAACAAUUUCUGAUUGCUAUGUAUCAAUGUUUUAUUCAACUCCAUAUUGAAAGGUUAGAGAAUUUCUUGUC